AUGCCUGCUGCCCUUCUCAGACCCAGAGUGGCCCUGGCCCAGACCAACCUGAUCAGCACGCUGCUGUUGUCUCUCUGUCUCCACACCGGCUCCGUCACUGGAGGCAUAAUGAAGGCUGAUGAGACCCAGAAUGGUGGCGGGGACACCAUCAGCCACUCCCUGGCCCUGGUGCAGCAUCUGGAGGCCCUGCUGGCUCAAGGGAAUGGCAGUGAUGUGGCCCUCAGGGUGCAGACAGUGGGAGCAGAGCAGGUAAAGGUGAUCCAGGCCCACUCCCUGAUGCUGUCCCUGCAGAGCCCUGUGUUCGAGGAACUGCUGCUCAGCCGUAACGGCACCACCCUGGUCCUCCUGGAGACCGCUGAGUGUGCUGCCAUCUUCGACAAGUUCAUCAGGUACCUGUAUUGUGGAGAGAUCUCCCUGUGUCUGGAGCAGGCCACCUCUUUACACAAGCUGGCCACUAAGUACCGCGUCCAGGGCCUUCAGCAGGGGGUCACCCAGUACAUGACCCAGAAUCUGGCCAGCAACUCCCCUUCUGGACAUGUGGUGGAAUGGUACCAGUACGCCCUGCAGACUGGAGACGUGGCCCUGAGGGACAGCUGUCUGCAGUACCUGUCCUGGAACCUGUCCUCUGUGCUGCAGAGUGGGGAGUGGACGCAUGUCAGCAACGACCUGCUCAUGACCCUGCUGCAGCGCUCAGACCUCAUCCUGCAGAGUGAAAUGGAGCUCUUCGCGGCACUGGAGGCCUGGAUCAACCAGAACGAACCGGAUGCUCUAACGGCCGAGAACGCUCUGAGAGCCGUCCGUUAUGCCAUGAUGCCCCCUCUGGAGCUCUUUCGCCUGCAGACCCAGUCUCCUGUUCUGGCCCGCUACCAGGAGUCGGUCCGGGACCUCCUCUACCAGUCCUACCAGUUCCACUCCUCCUCCCCCCUCCACAUGGCCAAGUACUUUGAUGUGAACUGCAGUCUCUUCAUGCCCAGGAACUACCUCUCCCCUGCCUGGGGGAGUCCUUGGGUCAUUAACAACCCCAUGAGGGACGACCGCAGCACCAGCUUCCAGACGCAGCUGGGCCCCAGCGGCCAUGAUGCCAACAAGAGGGUGACCUGGAACUCCCUGUUCUCGCCCCGUUGGUUGCCCCUCAGCAUGAGGCCAAUGUACUCCGAACAGGGUUCCACACAGCCGACACGUGUUGACGGAGGCCGCCUGCGCAUCAUUAUUACUCCCGCUACGUCGAGUGCAGAGUUUGCCGGGGUGAGCUUCCAGAAGACGGUGGUGGUGAUGACGAGGAAGCAGGGAAAGAUGGUGGUGAGACAUGUUUAUAAUUUCCACCAGAGCACCGAGGAGACUGGUGACUUCCUGGUGGAAGCCGAUCUGCACCGUAAGACAUCUGAGUACCUGGUCGAUGGUUCCCUCCAUCUACACAUCGUGGUGAAGCCGCUCUACCAGACCCUCAUAGCUACAAAGAAAUGA